AUGCACACAGACAGUGCAAGAACAAACACCCACACCACCCAUAAACCCCGCUGGCAUGCCGGUGACAGAGGGUAUGCUGAGAGGCCUCUUGGACAUCUCCGAUGCAACAUGUGGACUGAUUCAAUGAGGAUUUCGGAGCGGUGUCCGUGCUUCUCCAUGAUGCAGAGCUGAACACAGCAUCCCAUGAAGCCUGACUUUGUACACUAUACAGGCACUACAGCGCAAUCACGCCCUCGCACAAGAAUGCAUGGCAGCAAUGGAGGACAGAAGGAAGUGGUCUAACAGAUGACAUAACCGCUGCUGAAAUUCCUCACUCCUUUAGGAAACUACUACAGAAUCUCGUCCUAGCCAAACAGGCUAAAACCAUGCUGCUUGACAGCUACUACAGGAUACCAGCCUCUCCAAGGGCCAGUGCAGGGUCCAAAAGGGAUUUCAUUAUCUGCUUCCAGAGCGGGCAAGAUCGCCUCACCUUCAUGGCUGCAACUCACAACCCUAUCAGUUUGAAGACCACAACUUAUUCUAUCCAGACUAGUCAAAGGCAACUCUGGUCUGGAGAAGAACUAUGCGCCCACUGA